GUCCCCGCAUGGAGCACGAGCCUAGCGCCUCGCAGGCCACCCCCGCUCGGGCCGCGCUCUUCGCCUGGGGUGCAAAUAGCUAUGGGCAACUUGGCCUUGGCCAUAAAGAAGAUGUACUUGUGCCCCAACAACUGAAUGACUUCUGUAAACCUGUGUGUGUCAGGAGGAUCACAGGAGGAGGGGGCCACUCUGCUGUUGUCACAGAUGGAGGAAGCCUUUUUGUUUGUGGCCUGAACAAAGAUGGGCAGUUGGGACUUGGUCACAUGGAGGAUGUUCUAUAUUUUACACUGUGUAAAUCCCUCCUUGGCUGUCCCAUCCAACAGGUGGCCUGUGGCUGGGACUUUACCAUUAUCCUCACAGAAAAUGGUCAAGUUCUAUCAUGUGGAUCCAACUCCUUUGGCCAAUUAGGAGUUCCUCAUGGGCCUCGAAGAUGUGUGAUUCCCCAGGCCAUUGAACUCCUGAGAGAGAAGGUUGUUGGUAUUGCUGCUGGACUGAGGCAUGCGUUAGCUGCUACAGCAAGUGGCAUUGUGUUCCAGUGGGGAACUGGUCUGGCAUCAUCUGGACGGCGGUGGUGUCCUGGACAGACUCUCCCACUGUUUUUGACAGCAAAGGAACCGAGCAGAGUGACAGGCCUAGAGAAUUCUAAAGCAAUCUGUGUUAUUGCUGGCUCAGAUCACUCAGCUUCAUUGACAGAUGCAGGAGAGCUGUAUGUUUGGGGAAGCAACAAGCACGGGCAACUGGCCUCCCAGGCUGCUUUCCUUCCUGUGCCCCAGAAAAUCGAAGCGCACUGUUUUCAGAAUGAAAAGAUCACUGCUGUCUGGAGUGGGUGGACACACCUGGUUGCUCAGACAGAAACUGGCAAGGUGUUUACCUGGGGCCGAGCAGACUACGGUCAACUAGGGAGGACGUUGGCGUCUCAGGAAGACUGGAAACCAGAAAAGCAGAACUCACCCCUCCCCUGCUCGAGAUCACAGAAGAGCACGCCUUCGCCUCUGCACUGCUUAACAGGAGCAACUGCGGUCUCUUGUGGCUCAGAACAUAAUCUGGCAGUGAUUGAUGGGACGUGCCACUCCUGGGGCUGGAACGAGCACGGCAUGUGCGGCGAUGGCAGCGGAGCCGACGCCUGGGCCCCGAAGCCUGUGCCGGCCCUGCGGUCCUCGGCAGGACUCCUCGUGGGCUGUGGGGCUGGCCACUCCCUGGCCCUCUGCCAGCUGCCAGCCCUCCCUUCCCCAGACGCCAGUGAGGACGCCAAAUCUCAGGAAGCCACGGACAGAGAGCAGCUGGAAGGAAAGAUAACCGGUACCGUCUACCCGGAGCCAACGUGACAGGUGCCGAACGUGGGGGCUGAGGACAGGGACCCGUUAAUAAAGCAGCUUU